AUGGAUUCUACAGUUGUACCUUUACACUUGCCACCUCAAUUGGCUGGUCUACUGAGCAACCCGCAGGCUCUCGCCAUAGUGAUAGCUCUGGCUGUGGUGGUUCCGGUUAUCAUCAACCGUAUCACGUCGGACCGGUCCAUACCAAAGAUUACCAGCUCGAAGACAUGGUUCGCGAGCAGGGACGACUUUGCAGCCCAUGGCGUUGAGAUUAUCGAGAAGGGAUACAAUCAGGUGAAAAGUGGUGUUUUCAAGGUCACAGCCUUGGAUGGUGAGGAUACCCGUAUUGGUCCUUCAUCGGGCGGAUGGGCUGAUGCGAUAUAUGAAGGCUCCGAUUUAGUUCUGCUGGCGCCCGAACACUGGCUGGCGAUUUGCAAGAAGAAGGAUGAGGAGGUCGCUCCAGCGCGCAAGGAAUUCUUCCUAUGCGACUUGCAUGGUGCCCCUUUUGAGGAGCCUUACCUCUACAAGUAUCUUGCUGCUCGUAUGCCGGGUUUUGACGAAGGCAUUGCUCAGGUCAUGGACUUCGAUUAUUCGAAGGGAGCAUCCAAGCCUGUCAUUAUGCAGCCGCAGAUCUUACACGUGUACUCACACGUUAUUUGGAGAGUCAUCCUUGGCGACAGCUUCAGCCCUGAGGUGGUCGACAUCUUUGAGAAGUAUUCAGCGACACUGAUACCCGUAAUGAAGGCUCUCAAGGCGCAGAGACCCAUAAUGGCACGCAUCACGGCCGCCUUCUCGAAAGACGUGCGCAAAGUCAACGAUCAGCUAGAGCGGGCAACCGCAUUCUUCACACCCCUCAUGAAGGCAUGUGCCGACGCCUUUGACCAGGGGCUGGAGACUAGUUCGAUCAACAACGACUGGUUCGAGGAGCUCAUCCGAAUGGCACCGGAUGAUAAGCGUCGGGACUACAAGUACCUCACCAAUGUCUUGAUUGGUUUUGCCUUCACGUUUGUGUUCUCACCGGGGCCCUCGACGACUCAAGUUGUGUAUGAGUUUGCGUUCCGCCCCGACUACGUCGACCUCGUUCUCAAGGAGGCAAAUGAUGAACUCGGGCAGCGCGUGGAUGACUGGGUCUUCACGAAGGAUAGUCUGCGCAGGCUGUCGCUUCUGGACAGCUUUUGCAAGGAGACUCAUAAACACCACCCUACUGCAGCAUCAAACCUCAUGAAAAAGAUCCACAAGACCCAGACUCUACCCAACGGAGUUGUCCUUCCCGCGGGCACCGUGUUCGAGGUGGUCAUGACAGCGGCCCAUCUAUCAAAUCCGAGCCUCGAGAACGCGGCUGAGUGGAACGGGCAUCGCUAUCAUGAGCUCCGACAGAAGAUGUCGACCCCCAUCGGCGGUAACAAGUAUGACUGGGGCGCUGCGACAAGAGACGAUGUCAACUUUGGCUACGCCUCACACAUGUGCCCAGGCCGCUGGGCUGGGUGCUCUAUUGCCAAGAUGUUCCUCAUCAAGCUUCUCGCCCGCUAUCAGAUCAGCCCGGAGGAGGGUGUGAGUGAGCGAUACCAAGACUUUCAUUCGGGUCAAUAUAUUCUUCCGAACCCCACGAAGCAUAUUCUUAUUCGGCCGAGGAAAUGA